AGCCGAAGCCUUCGCUCGCGAGAUUUUGCUGGUUCCGCAUUUCGGGUCGGCAAGGUGGGGGUGGCGAGCGUAGCAGCUAGCACCGGCAAGACCCCCGGCUCGGAGCAGCGGCUCUCGGUGUUUCCGCUGGCGGAGAGCUGAGGGCUGUCCGCUUCCUCGUGGUUCCCGCGCGGGUUACGAGUCCAGACCGCGGCGGGGGCCAACGGCCCCUCCCCUCCGAGGAUAGAAGAUGAGCUUCCUCUUCAGCAGCCGCUCUUCCAAAACGUUCAAACCAAAGAAGAAUAUCCCUGAGGGCUCUCAUCAGUAUGAACUCUUAAAACAUGCAGAAGCAACUCUGGGAAGUGGGAAUCUGAGACAAGCUGUUAUGUUACCAGAGGGAGAGGACCUCAAUGAAUGGAUUGCUGUUAACACUGUGGAUUUCUUCAACCAGAUCAACAUGUUAUAUGGGACUAUUACAGAAUUCUGCACUGAAGCAAGCUGUCCAGUCAUGUCUGCAGGUCCAAGAUAUGAAUAUCAUUGGGCAGAUGGUACCAAUAUUAAAAAGCCAAUCAAAUGUUCUGCUCCAAAAUACAUUGACUAUUUGAUGACUUGGGUUCAGGAUCAGCUUGAUGAUGAAACUCUUUUUCCUUCCAAGAUUGGUGUCCCGUUUCCCAAAAACUUUAUGUCUGUGGCGAAGACCAUUCUAAAGCGUCUGUUCCGGGUUUAUGCCCAUAUUUAUCACCAGCACUUUGAUUCUGUGAUGCAGCUGCAAGAGGAGGCCCACCUCAACACCUCCUUUAAGCACUUUAUCUUCUUUGUUCAGGAGUUUAAUCUGAUUGAUAGGCGUGAGUUGGCACCUCUUCAGGAAUUAAUUGAGAAGCUUGGAUCGAAAGACAGAUAAAUGUUUCUUCUAGAACACAGUUACCCUCUUGCUUCAUCUGCUAGAACUCUCUCAUUGCUCUCUGUUAUAGACUAGUGAUACAGACUUUAAAAGAACAGGAUUAAAAAGACACCUGUUGUUUGUAUCUACUGAUAAAAUUGUCCCAAAGGUAGGUUGGCCUAAUCCUUCAAUGAGAAAUUCAAGACACAGCUGAAUCUGAGGCACUGUGUGACCACUCCUGUUAUUGUCAGAGUCAUUCUUGGUUGUAAUAUGUGAUGACUAACAUAAAGUCUAUUAGUUUACUUACGCUUUUACUGAAGAAAAUGUGCUUCGGGUAGCAGCAUAAUGACUAUUGAGAAUUCCCACCAAUAAUUUAUUAACAGGUUUCCAGAGCAAAUUACCUAAUAAUGCAUUCAGAUCUGUUUUAUUCUGCUUUUAUUUACACAUAGAAGAGAUAUUUUUAAGUUUCCUUAAGAUUUAGAACAUUUGUGUGUUACUUUGGAUAACCUUUUAGUUUGAAGUUUGUAUGCUAGUGUUUUUAUAGAUAAGAAUAUAUAUAUAUAUAUGUUUAUUUUUUCAAAAUUCAUGAUUGCAUUUUAAAUCCUCAUAUGACCUGUGUGGUUGGUAUGGGAGUAACCAGAGUUAUUUCUAAAAUGACUUUAUUUUUUAAUCUUUAUUUGGGAUUUUAUUCACAUAAACCUAUCUAAAUUUUUAGGAGUGUGUAUAUCACAAAUAAUUUUCUUAAGGCAUGUAAGGGUAGUCUUUUACAUUUUUAUUUUGAAAUGCUUCAUUCAGAUUAAUUUGAAUAGGUAGCUUUUGGCUGAGAAAAAGACUGCAAAAAGUUAUAACAAAUUUAGGUCUCAGAACCACUAUUUUCAUUCAUGUUGUUUUUCAGAGGCCUUGAAAUUCUGGAUAGGAGAAUGGAAGAAAGUACUCAGAGUACUUGAUUAUUUUCUUUUGAGUGUCCUUUAAAAAAAAAAAAAAGAAUUACUUCUAUAUGUUUUUGUUGUGACUUGAGACUUAAUUAAGAGUAGUGUAGAAAUACUUAAUCUUUAUCCCAAUAAGGAUAAAACUUAAGGAAGACCAUAGUAAAAAGCCUUGAAGGUGUACACAUCUUAUUUUAUAACACAGCUUAGUUUGGUGUGCUGUGUGUAUGUGUGUGUGUGUGUGUGUGUGUGUGUGUGUGUUUAAGGGAAACAAAAUGGAAGGAAUAAGUAAAAAAUCUUACUUCAUUCUGUUCGUAGUCCAAGGAUGGAUUGAGUCCCCAUAGGUUUAAUCCUGUUUUAAUUGUUUUUGUAUCAAAACUUGAAAUUCUUCUAUUGGGAUAAAAAGAAUCUUCCUCUUUAGUGAAAUAAAAGCCGUUAGGUUUCUAGGAUGUAGUAAACUCCAGCUGCCUGUUGAGAAUGUACCGGGCACGGGUAUACUAAAGACUGCCAGACUGGCGCUGCUUUAAGUUUGUCUGCAUUCUGGGUUUCAGAGCCGUGAUUUUUGCAGAGUACUCACCAACUCCCUUGAUGGUUUUGAUAAAACGUUAGAUUUGUUAGGGUUUUUUUUUUUUUUUGCUGUUGUUAUUUAUUUUUAUUGUCCUACUAAAGUAUGAAGAAUUGCUUAGCUACUCCAUUUUUAUAGUAAUUCAACUUCAUAUCCAGAUAUCCAGAAUUUUAAUUUUUGUUUUUUAAUGUUUAUUCAUUAUUGAAAGAUAGAGACAGAGCAUGAGCAGGGGUGGGAGAGACACAGAAUCCAAAGCAGGCUCCAGGCUCCAAGCUGUCAGCACAGAGCCCGACGAGGGGCUCGAACUCACAAACUGUGAGAUCAUGACCUGAGCCAAAGUCAGACGCCCAACGGACUGAGCCACCCAGGUGCCCCCACAUAUCCAGAAUUUUAAAGGAAACAAAAACAUCUUAUCUAUUUUAGGCUGAAACCAUAUAUCGUUUCAGGAGUUUAAAAGUGGGAUAAUUAGUCCCUUAUGAAAAAAAGAGAAAAGCCGUCUGAAACAUUCCACAAUCCAUGUUUAAAGCUUAUCCAAAGGUCCCUGUCAGAAGUUCAGUGUGUUUAUGUUGAUCAUUUAUGAACAAGAAAGCAGGUUUCUAGAUGCUGCCUAGAACGUUACUGCCUCUCAACUUUGGCUUUGAUUAAGUCUUCAAGGAAUGAAAUUAUAUUUCUCAGCUGGGGUUGUACUUUGCAUCAUUUCUAAUAUUUCAUGAUUCUUAAACAAAAGAGUUCUCACUUUUCUCCAUUUAUUUUCAGUGCUAGGAAUCCCCCCCUCUCGUCAUGACUCACUCCCAAAACAAACCAAAGAUGGUCACAUGCUAGACAUAAAUAAAAAAUUUGUUGGUAAUUUAAGACUCAGAACGUCCUUUUUUAAAAAAAAAAACACAACAAAAACCAUUAUCAGGUUCCCAGGCUAAUCAGGCUUAACCAACAAUGCACCUAACCAUUAAGUUAACGCUGUUUUGUUUACAUCUAAAGUCAGGGAAUGGAGGGCAAGAGGACCCGAGAAUGGGGAGAGGAUGAUGCCCUCCUGAUUGGCCUAGAGGGCCAGCCUUUGAGAAGAGUUGGAAGAGAUCAGUCUGUCUCGGACCCUUCUCUCUUGUGAUUUAUCUCCCUGUGCCCAGUGUCUGCCUGUUCCACAGCGUAACCCCUGCCCCCCCAAAUCAGAGGUCACCUCCUGUCAGUGUCUUCUGCUCCUCACCCCUGGGUACAGUCAUGGGGUGGAGAGUGCUUGCUAAAUUAUGCAGGUAGUCCUAUGGCGCUUUAGUUUCUGGGCCUUUAAAAAAACUUUUGGACAAUGAUAUGCAGGUUUUUGUUUCAAUAUUGAAACUUCCUCAUUACUACAGUUUUUGUUUUGAUAGCCAAAUGUAUCCUUUAUGCUCCAGACUGUGAAUAGAGUGAUUUUUAGAGGGCUACCAGCUAACAAAGUAUUUCCUUCAUCUUAAGACUUGUAGAGCCCUAGCUUCUGUAGCUGUGUGCUUGAGAAAUGCAAAUCUGUACUUAUUCACCAUGACUUUGAUAACAAAGCAAAAGCUUUGCUAGUAGUGCAGAGGCAUGAGAAGCAGUCUGCUGGUGCUUUUUAACUUUUGCAAACAUUGUUGAGGUUUUCUGAUUAUACCGUUGACUUUCUCUGAGUGGUGGGGUUAUACUAGAAGUGGAGCUUCUAAACAUAACAUCAUUACCUCAUCAGCAUAAACAAAUCAGCCCUGAAGAGUACAAGUCUUAGAAAUUUGUUUCUGAGCGGCAGCAGCCCGGGUGCUGGUGUUAGCGCCUGGCUACAGGAGGCUGUCUCCUGGCGGCACGACUCUGGCCUGAGAAAUGCUGGCUGAGACCCCAAACACUGAGCACCUUCAAGAGGGACAUUGUUUCUUCCUGGAAUCAGUUCAGUAAGUGGAUUUGGUUUUUACUGUCGUAGAAUCCUGUGAGAGAGGGAAAGUAGUUGUCCCUCAGUCUUCCUUGUGUGUUUGCAUUAGAUUUUGGUAUUUCAGACUAUAAAAGGCUUUUGGGGAUGAUAUUAUAUGUGAUAGCAGUGACUUUAUUGAAGCAACUGCAUUGAAAUUCACUUGGGUUUUCUUUCAUUCUCAGAUUCUAUUCCAAACAAGUGUUCUGUAAAUCCAAAUGGAUUACCAGCAUGCUAUAUAGGUUUUUUAUAGAACGUUCUAUGUUUGGUCUACUUCAAAAAUAGUUUGCAUAAGUUAGUCUUGGUUACCAUCUAAAAUAUUUUUGGAUGUUCUUUACAUGAAAAUUUAUGUUGUAUUUUUAAACCUUUAGGGGCUUUAUCUAUUUUUCUAAGUCAGUUAAUUGUACUUUUAAAGAAAGUAUUUUGUAUCUACUUUUGUAACUUCAUCAGAAUAAAAUAUAUUAAAAGAAAGAAAUGACUGAUUAAAGUAUGUCUUAACACACAUUUCUACUUAAAUGUGAAACUUGAGAUUUUUGCUUCUAUGGAAGAUUGUCUUCUGCUUAUCGUUCAGUAGCUAAAUUGUUGCCUUAACUCUUAGAGGAAAAGGAAGUCCCUAAAUAAAUAUUCUGUAACACCAGGGCCCCACCCCAAGAAACAAACUAAGCCCACGAUUACAGUGGCUGAAACCUAUCCCAGACAAAAAAUUAGUAGUCUCCUUUCUCCUGAACUAGCCCAAGCUUGGGACCUCUUUUGCAUAUUCCUGGUUGUGAGAUUGAGAAAAGGGAAGAGGAGGCAAUGGAGUGCUGAUUUUCUGAACUUGAACUGAGUGCUCAGCAUAUCUGUAAGACACUGCCCACUCCAGACAGUCAGUUUUUGUUAUUGUAGGAGAACUGUUAGAGUUCUUUUUAGAGGUCCGAAUUACAGGUGCCUAAUUUUAAUUCAAAACAGCACUGCUAUAAUUGUUUUGAUUUUUUGAUUAGAGUUAAAAUUUGGAAGUUAAUGUGGCUAAAUAAUAUGGGUUAACACUCCUAUUUUGUAUGAGAUAUGGAGAAGCUAUCAAUCAGUUUUGGAUUUUUUUUUUUUUUUUGAUAGUUACAUUUCAGUAGGAUUAAAAUCGCUCACAAAAAUGGAAGAGUGUCUAAUGGCUAAGUUGGAAAGCUGUUUUAAACUUUAUAAAUGAGUAGUAGAAUAACCCAAAUAAUCUUUGAGAGGGCCAGAGUUGGGCUUCAAAGCUACACAGCCAAGAACAAUGUCUAUAUCAUGCCUUGGGCCUCAUUGCUAAAGGGCUUGGAAUGGACACUAUAGCCUGCACCAUUAUUUCUGACCACUAGAUGUCAGUCUCUGCCUCAGCACGUCCCAAAAGCUAGAUUCAACAGCCCUGACCAAAAUAAAGGAUCUUACCUAAAACCAUCUUCCUUUCGUGUGUCUUCCUAAUAAAAAAUGUACAUGGGCGACAAAAAAAGCCUCAGAUUGGCAGAUCUUCGGUCACAUAUAUCUGUUCUGGCUGCAAGAGAGGCUAGGGAAGUUUCUGGAUUUUACUGGGAGGUUUAGGGCUCAUAGUAAAAUUGAUGCUGGAUGUUCCGAAAGCGUGGACUGGCUCCUGCUCUGAACUUUCUGUUCCUGCUCUGUGAAAAGAUAAGGGAGUUUUCACUAGAAUGUAAGGGUCUGGGUACACUGUUUAGCUCAACUGACAUUUUUUGUAGCGUAUUUGCUACGUGAAGGAAGUACAAUAUUGAUCAGAAUUAUGGCCAAGCUCUUUAUCUCGUGGCUGAUGAGCAUUUUGAGUACCACUUUUUAGGGGAACCUACCUAUUUAGGGGACUCCUUCAGCAGGUUAUCUUAUUUAAUCCUUACAGCCACCCGGGAAGGGAGUUGUAACUGAGAGGUAUGCUAAGAAUUUUUCACUGUUUUUCAUAUGGUGGCACAAAUGCUCUGACUUCAAAUCGCUAGUUCAUAAUGAGACCAGUCUGUUUCUCUGGGGUGCAUCUGUAAAAAUUCUAUUUGCUCAUGAGUGCUAGGAGGCUCUAUAAAACAAAGUGACUGCAAUUUAAAACCAUCUCUAUGAGGUAAAAAAGAUGUAUUCAGAGAGAUCCUCCUGAAGGAGUUUUUUACAGUUAGCUCAGAUGUAACUAGAAGUAUGAAAGCAGGGAGUAACCAUGGACCAAUAUAAGUAAAGAUUAGAGAAUCUCAAGUUCGGGGCAAAAAAGCAAGACAGAAAGGAUACACCCAUUUCCUGUGACUAAAGCUGUUAAACUUUAUAGUAAGAGUAAAACUGGCCUUUUAUUUGCUUCUAUCAUAAAAAGUUAUACUUGAAAUGUUAAAUUGGAACUAAUUUGGAAGCCCAAGAUUUGUGAGGUUCUGCAAAUCCUUUCCUGAAAUGGUUCAAGUUCACACUGUGGAGCUAGAAUGGCUAAGCCACUGUCAGCUCUGUUCAGUAAUCAGCACGUGGACUUUUUGUCCCAUGCCAUGCUGGGUGACAGGUUGACAGGACUAAAGCAAGAUCCUGUCAUGGAGCUCAGGGAUCAUUUGGAAAAACAGACACCUACAUAAAUUGAUAGUUCUCAAGGGCCACAUGUGCAAUAAAAGUUAUGCACAAGUUGUGAGCCCUUAAGUGUACUGUGUGGCAAUCAGAGGUGGCUCCCUGGAGAAGACAAGGCUUGAACUGGCUUCCAAGAUGGGUAACGGCAUAACCAAGCUUACAUGUAGCAUGGCUUGUACGGAAAGGUACGAGCGGCCCAGUAUUACUGCAGGGUGGAUUUCAGGUAGUGGUUAAGUCAUCCAAAAGACCUUGGGUUUUUGCCAGUAGGCGAUAGAGAGUCUGAAGGAUUUGAGAUAAGCAAAUAAUGGACAGGUUUGCACUUCAGAGGACCCUGACAGCAGGGUGGAAAUGCCAAGGGGAGGAUACUGGGGCAGUGACAGUCCAAAAUAUAAUGUGAGCAAUUGUGAAAUUAUGAGGAAGAGGAAGGUUGGAGAUAAGCAAAAGUACUGACUUUCAAUAAAGGAAAGAGGAAUUCAGAUAGAAAUCAGUGAGUUGAACGUGGUCUCUUACAAGUGACAAAGCCAACUAAAAUUACUUCAGCGCUCCUUUCUGGCACUGCUUGACUCCCUCUGACUCUACUGUCUCUACUUCAUUUCCAAAGUGGGCACUGCCCACGUGAUUACAAAGAUGACAGCCAGCUGUUUAACAGUUUAGCAACUCAGUGGUAAAUGACCAUUUCUUAGUUCCAGACAAGUCUGUACACCAACUCUCACUGGUCUGGCUCAGGUCAUGUGACCAACCCAAACAAAUCUGUCUGAUUGGCCAAAUCUGGGUCAUAUGGCUACUCCCAGAGCUGGGGAUAGUUCGGCCUCCUUUGAACUGCAAGGUUUGAGGAGCAAAGGCUUGUUCACUACCACACCGCUGGGAAAAAUAGUUUCGGUAGUUUUUAUUACACUAGCAAAUUAUCCCUAAUCCCACCCACCAUGAUUUUUAAGGAAUCAAGCAAAAAAAUGUGAGAAAGGUUAUUACAGUAAUCCAAAGGAGAAAUUAUGAGACACAAAGCAUGGAAGACACUCAAUACUGAAGUACCUAUCUAGGUGAUCAUUUGAAAGAGCAACUGUAGGUCCGUCCAACUCAUCCAAGUGCCAAGCUGAACAUGAUUGAUUGCAUAGACCAGAAGGCAAUAGCAAAAAGAACUAGUAAAGCCUGCAGGGUAUACCAGACCACAUGUUGCAAACAAUUACUGCUAGAGAGAGAAAGCUCUUGGUUGAAUUUUGACCUUGACAUCAGUCUGAAUUACUCCAGAGGUGGGGCAGGUUUGCUGGGUAACUUUACCCAUCCUCACUGGAGACAGCUUCCACUACAUUCUCAGGAGCCCGCGGUCUGUGGUUCCAGCCUACUUCUCUGCAGGGCCGUGUCCUGCAGGCACCUUGAAGUCAGGCAAAUUGAAAACUGUGUUUGUCGGCACUCUUCACCCCAAACCUAGCCCUUCUCCACCCACUGCACUCUCCACGCCAGACGCCUCCCUCAUCCCCGCUGCCUAAUCCAGUCACUCCAUUCCCUUCCCUUCCCAAGUGACCUUCAUCUCUGCUGCCCCAGCUCCCGUUGAGACCUCAAAUCUCACCUGGAUCAUCGCGGUAGCCUCAGAAUUUCUGUCCUCGCCUCCAAAGUCCGCCCCCUACAGCCCCUCCUCUUCGCGGACCCAGAGCGAUCUUUCUAAAACGCAAAUCUAAAAACGACUCCCCUGCUUAAAGCCCCUCCACGGCCCCCUGUUCUGGAGGGAGAAACCCACACUCCCCAGUUUGGAAGCCAGGUUGCGGUGGGGACACAGGGAGGUGUCCCACCUAGGGCGCGAGGGGCAUAGGCGUAAGGGCAGCUCAGAACCGAGGGUCGAGAACACCGGGCGUCUCCAGGCUGGGCAAGAAGGGCCCGCCGGUGGUGGAACGGGCCCGGGAGGCUGGAGCAGCACGGGGCGGACCCGGCCGGGGAGGGGCGCGAGCGCGCCGAACGGCUGGUUCCGGGGAGGUGUCCCCGGGACGCGCACGGGGCCGGACUGGGGCGGCUCGCGGCCUCCGGGCGGCAGGGGGCGGCGUCGCCCGCGGCGGCGACUCCCGGUCCGGGGCUCCGCGCCUUUCAAGGGACGCGGCGACCUCCGGCGGCGGGCCGCGUCGGCCGGGCAUGGCGGCGUGGAGCCCGGCCGCGACAGCGUCUCUGCUCCGCGGGAUCCGCGGGUGGAUCCGGGCGGCCGGCUUUCGGAGAAAUGUCAGACCCUGGCGCACGCUGGCGGAGCUUGAAAGCCGGUGGAGGUUGGGGGAGAGGGGAACAGACACAUAAACAAUGCUUCCUCUUCUCCACUGCGCCCAGCGGAUGUUUGCCUCGCAGACUGAGGGGGAGCUCAAAGUAACCCAAAUUCUCAAAGAAAAGUUUCCUCGAGCUACAGCUAUCAAGGUGACCGACAUUUCAGGCAAGAUUUUCUCUCAUCUUUCCCACAGGGUUUGGUAGGAUUUUGCCCUCUGGAGGGGUAGAGGGCAGGGGGCUUGGCAGAGUGAACUUGUCAUCAGUGGCUUUUCAAUAUGUGUGGCUGUUGGAGAGAUGGAAUUCUGGGUCUCCCAGCUGAAGGGGUGGAGGUGGGGCUGUGGAAGCGUCAGAGGGAAACUGUGAGGGGAUAAGGCCCAGCUGGGAGAACUCCUGGUUGCCAGCCUGGCCUGGCUCAGAUGUGGUCCCUCUCCGUCACCCUGGGACUCUGGUCCACAGUCUUUUUUUUUUUUUUUUAAAGUUUAUUUUUAUUUAUUUUGAGAGAGAUAGAGAGCAAGCAGGGGAGGGACAGAGAAAGAGAGAGGCAGAAUCCCAAGCAGGCUUGGCACCAUCAGGGCAGAGCCCAAUGCAGGGCUUGAACUCAUGAACAGUGAGAUCAUGACCUGAGCCGAAAUCGAGAGUCAGAUGCCCAACCGACUGAGCCACCCAGGCACCCCUCAGGUCCACAGUCUUUAAUUUGAUUUUGAGAAGGACAUGACUUUAAUUUCUCUGCAUUCUUCUGACACCCUAGCAUGUCAGGUCUGGAGAGGACCCCAGAAGGAUUUUAUCCUUUUGACAAUAACUUCCUCACUUUCCCCACGAGGAGCCGAGCCCGGAAAGGCCAAAGACCCCGCCCAGCCCCUCGCAGGGAGGAGGUGGCAGAGCUGGAACCAGCACCAGGACACGGGUAGACUCUGUCCUGAGCCCAGUUACCAGCCCCAGCCAGGCCCUUUCUCAGAUGCCACUGGCACCUGAGAAGUUCAGGCUGGCUGCGCGUUAGGAGGAGGCUGGGGAGGCGACUUGCGCACAAAAGGAAGAUGGGGCCUUUCUCCAGACACUUGUGGAGCAGCCUAGUGGAGGUAGUAAGGUGGGCGUGGACCUGCGUCUCUCCACACCCAGACAUGUCUUUGCCGCCCAGCAUUGCUGUGAGGCCGCUGGCCUCUCUGAGAACGUAACAUCUGCAAGGACUGGGCGAAAGUUUAGAAAAUAGUUUUUAUUCAGAAGUGUAGAAAAAUCAAUCAAUCCAAAGAUCCGUUGGUGAGCUCUCUGCAGUGUCCCAGGGCAUCGCCGAGGCCUUGACGUCACCGGUCCUAUACCUGCCCCAGGCCCAGGUCAGGCAGAGCUGGAACCUGACCUUCAGUCUGGCUCUGCCUAGCCCUGAACAGAGUGGGGAAGGCUGGGAAGCUAGGUUAACCAAAGCUUGGACUCCUAGUACACAUAAAGCCCAUUGAGUAAAUUGCACUUCUCAUAAAACAGCCGGGUGUUAACAGCACGGGACGUUUUCCUUCCUGCCCAUGUUGUUUCCUGCUUGGGCAGCAUGUUGCCAUUAGUCCCGGUCUCUCUCAUGCUUCCACUCCUUUCUUUUCUUUUGGUUAGUAUUACACAGUUUUCAAGCCAAACUUUAGUGUAUUUUUUGCAUUUUUAAAAAUAUUUUUUUGGCUGGUGCUUAGGAAGGUUGAACACUGAACUUCGGUCUCUCCCAUCCUCUUCCCUGGGGAUUAUUGGCCUAUUAAAAAGAAAUGCAAGGCAAACCUACAUUUCCUAGGUUUUCCAUGCUUUGUGCCUUAUCUUUCGCACCCCACAAGUAAUCAUCCUGGGCAGUGCAACUGCCUUGAAAAAGGAACAGCACAUUUUGGAUCGAGGCAGCCUGCGGGGAGGGUGUGGUCAGGUUAGAAGCCAUGAUGUUUUCCUAACAGUCUUAGCAACUUUCUGCUGAACAAUAACAUUUCAGACCUUCUUUGGAUUGUACGGUACUCUAAGGACAUAUGGGACUGUGGCUACCGUAAGUUAAUAAUUGAAACACUUUUGAGUCAUGUUUAUUUCAGGAGGCUGUGGGGCUAUGUAUGAAAUCCAGAUCGAGUCAGAAGAAUUUAAGGAGAAGAGAACUGUCCAGCAGCACCAGAUGGUAAAUCAGGCACUAAAAGAAGAAAUCAAAGGGAUGCAUGGAUUGCGGAUAUUUACCUCCGUUCCCAAACACUGACCACAUCCUGACUGUGUAGAUGCUGCUGCUUAAAACCUUGGAUGAACUUGGCUGACACCAUUCUUUCCUAGGCAUUUGCCAAAAAAAUUAUCUAUUUUGUUCAUAGACAUUUGCAUAUUAUAAUUAUAGAAGAAUAUGUUCUCUAUUUAGAGAUUAAUUAAAGGCAACAGACAACUGAAA